CACAUAGGUACGGCUAUUCGUCGUUUUCUACGCGUUGCAACUUGCAAGCUCGUGUUAGAUCUUGAAGGAACAUAAAUGUUGACAGAUAUUUCAAAGUUACCACGAAAAUCAUCAUCUUGCAUAACUUACAUUAUAAAACGAAUAUUUUUUUAUCUUCUUGAAUGCACGACAUAUCGAAUCACUUAGGAAGAAUCGCGAAUCUCUUUUAUAUAUUUUCGCAAGACUAUGGAGAAUGAACAACGACAUUAUGAAUUACGAAGUGGAAGUAGAUCACGUUCUAGAACUCCUUUGGUGCAAACUUAUACCAUGAUUGAACCAGAAACUUUAGAACAUCAUUAUCAUUUAAGAAGUUUAAGUCAGGAGAGAUCUCAUACUCCUGGAGAAGUUGCAAAUACUAAAAGAUCUGGUCCUAGAAUAUCAUCUGGUAGUAGCAGUAAAACAAAUGAUCAAAAUGUGGAGGCUAUAGUGGAAAGAAAAAAAGAAAUUCUCACUGUUGAAACAACAUUGGGGGAUAAAAAUAAGCGAAUUGAAAAUCCUUCUGUCUAUACAAAAAGAGGAGAACGUCGAUCUGAACGGCAAAAGGCAAAGAAACAGAUAUUUGCAAAUGGUCAAACUGAUAACAAGGAAGGUUCAUUUGAACAUAAAAGCGGAGAAAGUCAAAAAAACAUCUUUCCACAUAGAACUAUUACUAGUGAUUAUUCUUCAGAAGAAACAGAACAAGAAGAAUUGUCUGAUAGAUCAUGUUCUGCGCAUGAAAUCUAUAAGCAAGCUGGUGAUUGGUGGAACGUAUUUCCUAAAACGGACUACACCUAUUCUGAAAGGUCCAAGUGUCGUUAUGAAAUAGCGCCAGGUAUACUAGCCAUGCCUAAUAUGUCACGGCGAUCCAUCCAUUCAAAUACGCAGGAUUCUAAUCGAUCCUUGCACGUUCCGUCUGAGAAUGUUGUAUAUGAAAGAACAAAUAUCGGAAAAGAGAGAGGAACAAAAGCAGGAGAUUCUAUACUUGUUAAUGAAUAUUAUGGAGCACAUAUAUCAAGUACGGAUAAGUCUAAGGCUCAAUACACAAAGACACAUAUAGAACAGUACCGUUGUCACAGGGAAGUAAUUUAUGCAGAACCUACUAAUUCAAUGAAUUCACAAUCAAGGCAAUCGUUGAGCUCUGAUUUACCAUUAAAACGUAUUGAUUCUCGAAAAUGUAGAAUUACAUCUGCUGUUGAUUCAGAUACUGAAUUAGAAGAAGCAGCUUCAAAUAACUAUAGCCAAAGAAGCAAAAUAACACAUCAAUUUACGAGUUUUAUACUGGUUACUGCUUUAGGGUUUAGCAAAUUCCUUGAAUUUCUAAAGCUCAAGCCAGUCAGAAGAAGAGAAUAUUAUGCCACUUACGAAUAUCAAAGAUAUGAAUCUAGAUGGUCCAAAAUAUGGAAAUAUAUUGACAGUCUUUUGCAGUAUAUUUAUCUUUUUAUGGUCAGGGUGUUUUUCUUUGACUCGUGGUUGUUAAGUCGUGUAUCCAGUAUUAGGAGAUGGAUGCAUCAGAAAAGCCCAAUACUAUUUUGGAUUGCUUUAUUGCCAUUAUUUCUUCUUACUGGUUGUUGGUGUUUACCACAUCUUUCAGCUCUGUUCCCUCAAACCAAAGUAAUUACGCGGGAAUUUGGAACUGGACAGGAGUUAGUUGCAAGUGAAAAACAAUUAUUUUUAAAGGGGAAAAUAUUUGGAAAAGAAGAUAAUUUUGAAUCGAUCACCGAAAAAUUACACAGUAGAAUCAACAACUUGGAGGAUCGAACUAUGAAACAAUCUGACCGCCUUUUCAAUAUAACUCAAGCGCUGGAGCGGCUUAAAGAAAAAGAAUAUAUCUGGCCAAAAGAUGAUAAUGAAAUAUUAUUGUUGGAGGAGAGACUGAAAGAAUAUAAAUUAGCUGAUAUCUAUUCUCAAGAAAUUGAUGUUAUUAAGUCGCAGUUGGAGAAACUGAAAGAAUUUUAUUCAGAGUUAAAAUUAUGUUGUAGCACACGUACAAAUCAUAUUACUAGCGAAGAUUUAGAAAAACGUAUCGAAAUGGUCUUAAUUGAUCAUUUCGGUACCUUGAUGUUGAACGCAGAAAAAGUUAAAGUUCAAGACAAAUCAUGGAUUGCGAAUGAUGUUAUAACGGAUGAUCGCGUUCGCGAAAUAGUCAAGGAGGCCAUAAAAAUAUAUGACGCGGACAAAACGGGACGCGUUGAUUAUGCUUUAGAAUCUGCCGGUGGUCAGAUCAUUAGUACACGUUGUACUCAAAAAUACGAUAUAAAAACUAGAGUAGUCAAACUGUUGGCUUUUACACUAUAUCAUGAAAAUAAUAAUCCUCGUACAGUGAUACAAGGAAAUCCAAUACAACCAGGUGCUUGCUGGGCAUUUCAAGGCUUUCCAGGAUAUUUGUUAAUUAAGUUACGAAGUUCUAUUUAUGUUACUGGAUUUACAGUUGAACAUGCACCGAAAUCGAUUUUACCCAAUGAAGAAAUGAGAAGUGCUCCUAAAAAGUUUAAUGUCUGGGGUUUUGUCGAUGAAAAUGAUUCUGAACCUGUAUUGUUUGGCGAUUACGAAUUUGCAGCUUCGGAUGAUAGUCUACAAUACUUUCCAGUCGAAAAUACAGCAAUCAAGACACCAUAUGAAUAUGUGGAAUUAAGGAUACACAGUAACCAUGGACAACUUGAAUAUACAUGUUUGUACAGAUUUCGUGUACAUGGAAAAUCAGUUUAAAUUUCUUUUACUGAAAAUUCAAGUGCAAAAUUUUUUUGAAUAUUGUAAUUGUAGCAGGAGUGGAUUUGCAAUUCGAUUCAUAUCAGUCAAUAAAGGGAGUAAGUAAAUGAGUCGGUGAGUGCGCGUGAGUCAGUAAUGAGUGUCAGUGGAGAAAGGGUUGGGAGGGAAGAAGAUUGGAAGGGAGAGCCAUUGCAUGUUGUGCCUUCAAUUACUCUUCGAUGUAACAAUAACCAUCACGAUUUAAGGAGAGAUUAUUCUUUAACGCGUAGAGACAUACGCAAAGUGAAUAAAGCGAACGUAAGUUACCGUUAUCAUACGUAGACAAUACAAGCCUAAGUGUAUAUAUGUAUAUGCAUAUGUAUAUAUAUACAUAUACAUAUACGUAUAUACGUAAAUACAUGGAGUCGAUUAUUUAAUCAUUUUCUUUCUUUGUACGAGUGUUUAUACUUCUUUUUCCUCAAGUUUUAUCAUCAAGCACAAAUGUAACAACUGUUUUCAGUGAAAUGUACAAAAAAACACAAGCUGUUUUUCGAAGAACCAAUUAGAUAGGAAUAAAAAACGAAAAAGCUCAGCGUUCUAAAUAUUACUCAAAGUUCAGUAUCAUUAUGUUUCUGAUAUCGUACAGUUGUAAAAUUCACACGACAGUACAAAUUGUAAAGAAAAAAAGCUCUGCCUAACUUCAGGUACAUAAGUAUGCAGUGUUUUUACGAUAAUUUUGAUUAUACUAAUGCGUUUUAUAGAAAUCUAGUAUAACAUGUUUGAUAAUAUAUUUGGUUAGCGCAUAUAUAAUCACUGUGCGCGUGUUGUGUACAUAUGCACAUAUACAUUGUACAUGUAUAAAAUAGCAAGAAUUAUACUGUUUUGCAAGUUAUAAACUAAAUUUACAAAAAAAAAAAGAGGCUACUUUUAUACGUAUUAUCUCUUUUCUUAUUCUUCACCUCUCGUUGAGGUUACUUUAUCGAACACGAUACGAUAGUAUUUCUUUUACUGUUAUGUUAUUUUUAUUACCUUUACUUGGCUUUUCAUUUAAUGUCAUUUCCAGUAAACAAAGGUGUAGAGUGUUCGAAAAAUACGUACUUCGGAAGCCACAGUGACACGUAAGUACAUAUAAAUAUAAUUGUAUACAAAAGAAGUGCAUUAUAUAUUCAACUAUAAAGUGAAAUAAGUAGAAUCGAAUUGUCGAAACUAUUACUAUAUUGUCAAGAAAUCGUUUGUCUGUAAGUUCUUAUUCAUUAUACCAGGUUAUAUAAACCAAGAUGUUAGACGUAAGUUAUAACGAACGAUUUUGCAAAGAACGAAUGUUAUAAUAUAAUCUUUCUAAUGAUUAUGCGAUUAAAAUUAGUAGACUACAACGAACACGAAUAAAUACUGACGGUCGCCUCGCCGAUUUUUUAUUAUUCUAAAAAAUGUUUUGCCUGUAAUUGGAUCUCUUAGAUCGUCGAUUAUUUCUCAUUGUUAAUAAAACUGAAUAUUAGCGUAGUUCGCUCA